GGAGAAUUUCAUUGUUCUACUGCAUGCAUGCUGCAUACUCCGCUUCCCGAGUAGCUGAGUUUGCAGUUAGAUCAUCCAUAACAGGUAUGUUGGAACAUGAGGGGUGUACUGUAAAACACCUCAGUUCUCUACCUCUUUCCUAGCCCGUGUUACCUCAAAAAGAAAUUCUGGUGUUUGAGCUAUUAGACAGACCCAUUUUUCGUCCCACAGCCAUUGUUUUUGGCCUUGCACCCACAAGUACGUUCUCAUAGCGUUGUGUGUUUGGCGCCUCAACGGGAUCCUAGCAUACAGUUAAAUAUUUCCUUUGAUAUUUCAUAUUUAUGAAUAAAUUCACUUCUGCUACUGUUCAUACCCAGAGCAUUCUAGUUCUCUCAAUUUUUUUCUUAUUUCUUCGUGACUCGCUUUUUUCAUCUUAAUCUUAUAGUUUCUUCACACCAUGGCUACUACUGUGAACGUUCUCAGUUACCUUCAAACCAGGACACAGGUCGACGUGGAUAGCUUGGACAUAGAAGCCGCCCGCAGAGGAGGACCAGAUGGACCAUGGACUGAUGCGACCUCAAACCAAGCUGAAGUCUUUUUUCAAAUUGAAAAAGCAGAGAAUAUCGACACUGUGAGGGAGGCUAUCAACAAAAGCCAGCAGUUGCAUGCUACCUUUCCUUCUCUAACUCUACCAGAGCUGAUGGUGGAGGUCGCGACCGUCCUACUUGCCGCACGAGUCCUUCCAUUUAUUACUGGCUCCGUUCACGUAAUGGCGAACCCUUGCUAUGCGUUUUCUAUUCCAAAAAUUGUCGAAACCGGACAUCGCUAUCAUGAAAUUUUUCGGCAUGUCAACCCUGAUGUUGAUCUCUCUAGAGUCGUGAUGAAAGUUCCCGCUACCUUCGAGGGCCUUCGAGCAUGUCGUGAACUCCACGGUAGUGGAAUAAAGACUCUGGCAACUACCGUUUUCACGAUGGAGCAAGCAAUUCUCGCUGGAGAGGCUGGCUGUGUAUCUAUCUCUCCGUUUAUUCACGAGUUGAAAAUGGGAUUUGAUUCUACGUACAAGGACAACGAUUCUCUUGUAGAUCUCUGUGUCAAGGCUCAGCAAUAUUACGAACAACAUUCUAUUCCCACACGUGUUAAGGCGUGUAGUUGUAUUACCAUUGAUGAGAUUCUCCAACUUGCAGGUGUCGCAGCUCACACGAUCCCACCAGAGGACCUCGAUGCCUUGGUUUCAAUGAAGGAGGAUAAGAAUGACCUAGAUGCUAAGUCUUUAUUCAAGCCGAAGCUGUUCGCCAAUGGGCACCAACAGGUUCGCGCGUAUAUUGAUGACGAAGCGAAAUAUCGCGUGGAAUUUGCUGCUAGUGAUGGAGGAAAGGGCCAAUUGAGGCUGUAUCAGGCAGUUUCAAUCUUUUCAGAUUUUCAGAAGAAGGCCGAGCUAAAGAUGGAAAGUAUUGGUGCAUGAAAGGAUACUGGCAGGCAACCUGAAAGCUCAAUCACCUGAAUUACUCAAUGGAACUUGCUCCUUUCAAAAAAAGAAAAAUCACUAUCAAUCGAUAUUUAGAUCCAAUACUUAGGCCAGAAUAGUGAAUUUAGUAACCAGCAUU